AUGUUGGAGACGGCGCUGGACUUUGCCAGAGGACAGCAGAAGCAGCUGGACGUGUAUUUUGUCAUUCACCCCAAAGACAGCGCCACCUACCAGGCUUUUCAGGAUCAGUUCAAGUUCAGUCGUGCCGCCACUAAGACUGCGACCACCUCGGAGCGGAGAGAUCCCAGACCUGAUGUCCAUGGUAAGUCCUCUGAGUUCACUGAUUCAGAAAUCCCAUGUCUGAUCAUCAAUGGAACAAGCAAUGAAGGUGUAGAGGAAGCCGAGGCCUGGAUGAAGAACGUUCUCCAAUCUCAACCCGUCUCCAUACAAAAUAACCUUGUCCUUCUGUUUGGGAAGGAGGAACACGAUCUCCUCUCAUCUUCCAAUUUCCAAGAUGUCUCCAUCGAGGAGAAGCUGAGUAACGGGACAUCAGUUCUGAAGGUCGAUGGUCUCCCCCAGGACAAGGUCAGAGCCGUCAUACAGGUGGAGCGACUCCUCUUAGAUGUACAGGAGAAGCAUGCUGUGACCUUGGAGGAGGAGCUGCUGGAGGCGGCUGUGGUUUGGUUCUAUAGAAAUAAGAGUGGAGUUCGGAGAUAUCCAACCAAAGCCAACCGAGAGCUGGAGAAAGCCUUUGUGACCCAAAGUGACCUCACACUGACAUCAGAACCCCAUCAUGUGAUCUGUAUGAAGGACCUCACAGCAAAGGGGAAGGAUGGAACGUUUCAGCUGCAGAGACAGACCAUCACUGACAGUUCCAAGAAUGGCCAGAAGAGGCGCCGUCCUGAAGAUUCACUCUCGCAUGUUCUUCUGGUGGAUCCCAACAGUCAGGAAUUCCAGGACCACGCUGAUAAAUUUGGGAGAGAAAAACUUACUCUGGUCAAGGCGGAGGUUCUGAGUGACAGCUCUUCAGACAGUAGAGACGCACCAGUUCUGGUUCCUAAGAAGCCAUCGCACCGAUCCAAACCGGACAACAUUUUGGAUUUGAGUGACAGUUUGGUAAAUUCCACCUUAUUCCCGUCCAUUAACGUCAUACCAAACAGUUUCCGAGCCAAUCCUCGGUGUCUGUUCACCUGCAGACGGCAAGGAGUAAAUUCUUCCCGUAUCUAA